AUGUCCACCACCGCAGGCCCGACGCUGUACAAGUUCGCCGUCUGGGCACCCGACAUGACCGACCCGGAGGCGUUCAGCCGGCGCAUGGCCGUGCGCGAGUCGCACCUCGUGAACGCGAAGAGUCUGUUUGCGAACGGGGUUCUCAAGUUCGGCGGCGGACUGCUGUCGCCCGAGUCGAUCGCGUCUCCCACCGCGGAGAAGAAGCUUGUCGGCUCGAUGAUGGUCUUCGAGGCGGACAGCGUCGAGGCGGUGAGGAAGGUGAUUGAGUCGGACCUCUACUAUCAGAACGGGGUGUGGGACAAGGAGAAGCUGCAGAUCUUCCCCUGGCUACAAGCCAACCUCUGA